AUGGGUAAUGCAGGAGGAGGAGGAGCUGCUUAUGAAUCAUUGGCCAGUGGCCGCCGUGUUAGGGGGCGGAGAACCACCACCACCACCACCACCACCCGAAAAAAGAGAAGAGAUGAUGUGAAGAUUUUGAAGGAAUCAAGGAGUAAUAGUAGUAAUACUAGUGGUGGUGGUGAUGAUGAUGAAGAAGAAGAAGAAGAUGAGAAAGCAGAGGUAGAGAGGAAGAUCAUGGCAUUGCAGAGGAUUGUCCCAGGAGCUGACUCACUUGUUGGCAUUGACACACUCUUUGAUCAGACUGCUUCUUACAUACUCGCAUUGCAGUCUCAACUCAACUCCAUGAGGCUUCUUGCUACUUUCUUUGAAGCUUUGGAUAAUGGCCAGAGAAAACUUGGAGGAUGCUUAUUGGUUUUUUUGUUUGGGGUUAAGGAUGGUGGUUUAAAGGUUUAA